AACACCACCGAUUAGCCGCGUUUCUAUUUCGACCUUGUACAUCAAGGCAAAGUACUCCUAUGGCCACGGCCAGAACAAGUCCUUUGAUCUUCCUGCAAAAUCAGAGCAAAUUCUGCAGUUGGGAUCAGGGUAAGUCGAGUUCCUUCAGUUAUGGCUACCGCGCUAAUAUCUCCGGAGUCAACGGUCUGAGAAAUAACGGGAAGAGAUGGAGGGUGAGUGGAUGUGGGUGGGACGACGGCGGGGAAGUGAGAAUUGAUGGGUGCGAAAACUACGAUGUUUCAGACGAUGACCGGAGGUUCGUGGAGGUUCUGAGGGAAGCACACCCUUAUAUUCAACUGCACAGAGGGAGCACUUUUGUGGUGGUGCUAUCUGGAGAAAUUGUGGCUAGCCCUUGCCUGGAUUCCUUACUCAAGGAUAUAGCAUUUCUACAUCAUCUGGGGAUCAAAUUUGUUAUAGUUCCAGGAAUCCAUAUGCAAAUUGACAAACUUUUAACUGAGAGACGUAAGUUAAAUGGAACGCAUUUUUGCAUGUCUUUAUGCAAGUUUAAGCUUUUUCUCCAUUUUAGUUACUAUGCAACUUAAGGUGAUUUCAUGAAGGAAGCUUUUUUUUGGUUCAUUUUUAGAAUAUAUUUCUAGACAAGUUUAUUUCUUGAAUUGCCAAAUCUUAUAUCAGUUUGAUGUUCUAAGCUCUAAUAAGCUAUGAUAAAAAUACUCGUGGUUUGCCUGAGAAAUUUUGGAGUCUUGUCCAAAUUAUUACACCCUUUAGGCGUGAUCUAUUUUGGCAGUAUCAUCACCUGAUUCCAGAUUAUUGUUAAGCUUAUGGGACAUUAAACGACGGGUGUGACACUUAGACAAGGUAUGUAAUUGCAGGACAUGAGCCUAAGUAUGUCGGCCGGUACAGAAUAACAGACAAUGAAUCUCUAAAGGCAGCAACAGAAGCUGCAGGUGGGAUUCGUUUGAUGAUGGAGGCAAAACUUUCUCCAGGUCCUUCAAUAUGCAAUGUCCGUCGCCAUGGUGAUAGUAGCCGCUGGCAUGAAGUUGGUGUCAGUGUAGCUAGUGGCAACUUUCUUGCAGCCAAGAGAAGAGGAGUUGUUGAGGGUGUUGAUUAUGGAGCAACGGGUGAGGUAAAAAAGGUAGAUGUUGUUCGCAUGCGUGAGAGGCUUGAUGCUGGUUGUAUAGUUAUAUUAAGCAACCUGGGUUAUUCUAGUUCUGGAGAAGUUCUAAAUUGCAAGUAUGUUUUAUAGCCUUUGAUGGGUGUUUUUGCUUCCUGGUUGAUAUUUAUCAUUUACUUUCUUCAGUUAAAUUUGUUCAUCUUACAAGUAUCUAGGGAUCCACAUUUUUUUCAUAAAUGUAUAUGCUAUUACAUAUCUGCAGCUUGGUUUUUUACCUCUCCAUCUCUCUCUCAAACUACACAUCCACACAUUUUCGCUGUUAGUUGGCCAUAUUGUUCCAACUUGCAAUGAAACUUCUACAUGAAAUCCUCCCAAAAUUGUUUCUGGCAACUUUUCAUAAUUUUAGGGAAUGUAAAUUCUUCAGUUAAAUGUUUGAAUUUUCCGAAGCAAGCAAUAUCUGAAGAUGGUUAGGAAUUUAGGUAUGGAUUUGAGGCUAGCAGUUGUUAGCAUGUCUUUUCAACAUAUAGGCAUUUGGAUGAUAAAGAUGACUGCAACCUCAAGAUCAUCGGGUAUCCAUUUUGUAAUGUGCAUAUUCUUAAGUAACAUGCAGAGAAAGCGCAGACACUUGAGGGCAGUUCUUGGGUAGAAAUUUCUAUAUUUAUUUCUUCAACUCCGGUUUUACAUGUUUACUGAGGCAACUAAGCUAAAAAGCAACAUCCUCCUUUGUUUUCCCCACUUAGUUUUCUUUCAUCCAGAUGGGGUGUCUUUUAUUGUUAUUAAGAUGUCUAUUAUUGGUACCUUUGUGAUUUGAUAACUAAGAAACUUUGAUUAGAAUUAAUAGUUGUCAGUUUA